GCCAUCUAAUAUCAUUGCACCGGAGUCCCAAUGAAGGUGAGGGUGGUGUCACGUCGUUCUCUGUUUACCUGAGACACCUGUACCCCUUGUGUUGUCGAUACACACAUUCACGUCCGCCCUGCGGCCAAGAGAGGACGAAAACCAGACUGUUACAAGGAUGAGGGGGCUCCCGGUGCUGUCCCUGCUCUUCUGCAUGUGCGCGAUGUACAUUGUGGGCAUUUACCUGUUCGUGGGUGGGUUCCUGCUGGUGAGGCUGGAGGUGAACAGGACCAGCACCUGCGGAGACGUGCUGCAGCCCGGAGAGGAGCCAGUGGACUUCUGCCGCGUCCAGCCGCGUUUCCGCAGGGUUGUCCUCCUCAUCAUCGACGCCCUGAAGAUCGACUUCGCACGGUUUGACCCCAGCAACACGUCGCCCCGGCCUUAUGAGAAUAAGCUGCCUGUGCUGGAGGAGACCGUCUCAUCCAGGCCUUCUCACAGCCGACUGUACCCCUUCCGUGCUGACCCACCUACGACCACCAUGCAGAGGAUCAAGGGCUUCACCACUGGAUCCUUGCCCACGUUUGUAGAUGUAGGUAAUAACUUUGCGUCCAGCGCCAUCUUGGAGGACAAUCUCAUCCACCAGUUUGGACAAACAGGCAAACGGGUGGUGUUCAUGGGCGAUGACACUUGGGAGAGUCUUUUUCCUAAGAAGUUCUACCGCUCUUUGCCCUUCCCUUCUUUCAAUGUCAAGGAUCUGCACACAGUGGACAAUGGGAUCCUCCAGCACCUCUACUCCACCAUGGUGGGUGGUGAUUGGGAUGUCCUGGUUGCUCAUUUCCUUGGAGUGGAUCACUGUGGUCACAGGUUUGGCCCCGACCAUACGGCCAUGGCUGACAAGCUCACACAGAUGGAUGGAGUCAUUAGGUCUGUGAUUGAUCGUCUGCAGAACGACACCCUUCUGGUGGUGAUGGGAGAUCAUGGGAUGACGGACACUGGGGAUCAUGGUGGAGAGAGUCAGAAGGAGACUGAUGCUGCUGUCUUCCUCUACAGUCCUGCCCCUCUGUUUCACGGACCCCCGUCACAGAAUGAACCGGAUGUGGUGCCGCAGACUGACCUGGUGCCCACCCUGGCUCUGUUGCUGGGCGUUCCCAUCCCGUACAGCAGCGUGGGGCAGGUUCUCUUGCCUUUAUUCCCUCCUCAUGGGAAGACUGAAGGUGCAGUUGGAGGCCUCAGCCAGCUGGAGGCACUGUGGAUCAACGCAAAACAGGUAAACCGUUUCCUGGAGACUUACUCUGGCAUGGCCAAAGACAUUCCACCAGAGAGCCUCUCUCAGCUGAAGGAUGAAUUUGCCCGCCUCUCCUCUGAGUAUCUCACCACAGUUGGAGAGGGGCGGCCACCCUCCCCAGAGCUGGCUGCCUCACUGCAGGCUUACCUCACCUCUGUCAGAGACACCUGCCGAGCUACCUGGGCUCAAUUCAACCCUCUCAAGAUGGCAGUGGGUUUAGUCAUCCUGGCGUUUGCCUGCCUGAUGUGCUUCAUCCUGUCUGAGCUGUCCCUUGUGCUGAUCAGGGAGAAUGGUCCCGGACUGAAGGCCCCAGUUGUCGUGGCUCUAACAGUGGGGGUUUGUGUGGCUGUGGGUCAGCUGCUCACACAGGGAUAUAUCGAGGUAGCAUGGUGCCUGGCAGCUGCUGCCCUCAGCUCUGAACUUCUGUUCCUCUGGAGAGUGUGUCGAUCCAGAGCCACUGCUGUAGCAAAGAAUGGAUCUAAAGCUCCAAAGUAUGCUAGCAGGCUAACUCCACGCCAUCUCCUCAUUCCCUCUCUCUUGGUUCCACUUCUUCGCUGUGCCUCCCUGCUGUCAGACAGCUAUGUGAUCGCUGAAGGCCGGGUAGUGACCUUCCUCAUGUUCUCUCUGGCUCUCUGUAUCCCCAUCCAUCUCAACUGGGAUGGCCUGCUUCUGCCCCCCAGCCCUGAUCCUCUGAAGUCUGCUGGGCUGCUACCUUCCCCUGCCUUGUCUCCAUCAGCUGUGAGGAAAGAGAGCAGCACCCUCCUAACCUGUUUAGGACUCCUUGUUGGCAGCCUCUACCUCUCCCUGUCCUUUCACGGCUGUCGGGAAGAGCAGGGCUCCUGCCAGCCUUCGCCGUUCCUUUCUCCUCUUUCCCGGUUGCAGGACAGCCAGCUGAAGAACCUUCAUUACGUCCUCUCUGUCUUCUCCCUGGGCUUGUGGACAUAUCUGCUGAGACGCUGCCUCCGUCACUAUGGUAACCUCAACUCCUCGGGUGGGACGGUGUUCACGGCCCGCUGGAUCUUACCACUGCUGUCUGUGUGCCUGGGGCUCCACUGGGCUGUUAGUGCCACUCCGGAGGACAGCUUCAGGAAUCUGGCCGAGCUGAUCAGCCUGGCCCAGCUGGCCCUCCCCAGGGCCGCCUUCUGUCUCUUGGGGCUGGGGCUGUUUCUUAUCUGGCUAGACCCUCUCACUGUGUUUGUGAAGACCAGAGCUGUGGCUUCAGCGAGAUGUUCUUCGCUACCCCCGCCCCGCUACCGAGCCAGCACCGGCAUCAGCCCCCAAGCCGAGUUGCACCACCUCAUUCCCCAGAUCUACCAGCGCAUGCGCCGUUCCCUGGACGACGGAGAGCUGAGCGGGGGCAGCGAGGUGGACAGCAGGCCAGCUGUGGAGGCCUAUGGACUGGGAACUGUAUACUCUGCCCCUCUGCUGCUGUUCUGUGGCCUGCUGGGAAUUGGUAUGCUGCUGCUGCACCCAGAGGGCAUGGCUAUGUCUUUCUUCCUGCUGCUGCUAGAAAUGGGAGCUUUGCUGCACAUUCACGCCUCCUCCACUACCCUCAGAGGCCUACAUGGAACAUAUUCUGGUGGCUUUAACGUGCCCUGGACUCCAAUAGUGAUGUGGUCCCUGGCUGCCACCCAGUUCUUCCAUGCCACAGGUCACCUUCCCACCUUCCCCUCCAUCCAGUGGGGUGCCGCCUUUGUGGGUUUCCCCGAUGGACACACAGGCACCAUACUGCCCGCCUCACUGGUUACCCUCAAUACCUUUGCCUCACACAUUCUGUUUGCAGUGGGCUGUCCAUUGCUACUGUUCUGGCCCCUGGUGUGCGAGGUACGUGGAAGCAGAGGAGGAAGAGUUUGUGGGGAAGAAGGAGAGGACGCCGUGAUGGAGAUGAGACUGAGAGAAAACCCCCAGCUGUUCAGCUCAGCUCUCCUACAACUCACAACACGCUACCUCUUUAUUCACGGAGCGCAGGUCUUCGCAUCAGUCUGUGCAGCUGCUAUCCUCAGGAGACACCUAAUGGUGUGGAAGGUUUUCGCACCCAAGUUAAUGUUUGAGGCCUCAGGGUUCUUGGUGAGCAGCGUGUUUCUGCUGAUUGGGGUCACAUUAGUGUUAAGAGUAGACGUAGCCGUGGGCCGCUGGUUUAAGAGAAUCGUCCCCGACGCAUCCAGGUAGCGACGGCACAGGUGCUGCUGCGUUAUCCCGGAGGCCCACCAGAGCUCACUGUGCCACAGAGAAAACGGACACGGUGGUCCCUGUAAAGUUUUUACAUGGAAACGUUGCCAUCGGUGUCUAACACAAGGAUCCCCACAGACAUGUCAUGUGAGGCUGCCUCUUACUGUAAAUCUUUUUAGGGCUAUGUUGUGCAUCACUGACACUGAGGUUUGCCUCCUUUCCAGCCAGAGGGACUUUUAAGACAUCAAAUCCCGGACUUAAAAAACUCUGAGCACCUGUACUUCUUUUCUCUCUCUUUUUUUUUUUUUUAUACACUGUUUUUGAUUAAAGCUUGUAAACCACCUCACAAAGGUGAUGGUGGUUAAAGGCCUUUCAGGGCCAGAGUUGAAUGUGAUUAAGGAGAGAAUAGUCAUUUCUGAAUGUUUCUCCUAAACUUGUGGAUAAAACCUUCCGAGCUCUUCAAGCCAGACAGUCUUGCAAGUGGUACAUAGUGCAGCAGUUAAACAGCUUCACUAAAUACAUACAGUUUACACUACCUACACAUCUGUCACAGCUGGCUAACAACCUCAGCAUUUAAACAGAAUUGGCCUUUUAUUAUCUGGGGGUUUUUUCCACCUCAUAACUAAGGCAGCCAAUGUUGUGCUUAGGUACGACCGAGUGGCCAAACUGACAAUUUAAUGUGAUGGAAAAGCAGCUGUGGCAGGAUGACGAUUGACAAUUAAAUUUACUCUUCAGCCAUUUAGCUGACUUUUCCACAGCGAUGUACGACUAAUGAGCAGGUAAAGGUUCACUGUCUUUCUUACUGCAGAAACUCAGCUGAGCAACUUUAUCAUCAGCUCACAAGCAGGUCAACUCCAUGUGGCGAAAUCCAUCCAAGUGCAUUACAGCAUGUCAUUUAAAUGUCUGCUGGAGGAAGUUUUCCCUUUUUUUAUGUUUUGUAUUUUCAAGAUGUUUGAAAUACCCCGUGCAUCUGAUUACUGCCAAUUCACAGAGUAUUACUGUGCUGUUAUUAUACUUUUAUUUAAUUUUUUUUUUUACACAGUUUGUGGUUCUUAAUCUUUUAUUUUUGUGAUUCCUAACUCUAAUGCCUGUUUAUAAUUCUGAUUUUUUUAAAAUCAGUGAUCAGUUUUCUAAUCUCAAACUAAACUUUUGGCUUAAUUGGGCCUCAUACACCUUGUCCUUGGAAUAGGUGCCUAGCUUUAACAAAUGCCUUUUCUUUUUUUUUUUUUUUCCAUAUGAUGUCAUUAAUUUGGCAGGGUCGUUAAACCCAGGACCUCCAGAAACACGGUCAGUUAAUUUAUUUCUGCGGCACAUCUGAGUCAGUCUCUGGUGUAAGAUCUGUUACUGUUCUGCAGCUGUAGUCAGCAGCUAAAGCUCAUUAGCUAAUGCAUGAUAUCGAAGGAAUCUUGAGCUCAGGUUGAAUUAGCUAUAAUGCAAUUGUACUGCAUUCCUCAGGCUGUUAUAAAGGAGUGAUUGGUCAUUUAGAGCAGCCCGCUCGAGUGACGUCAGCUCAAGUGAUGGUUUGGCUUGGUUGUGUGAUGACAAGGCACAUUUUUUUUUCUGUUUUUAAAAUGUUUAAUAUAUAAAUAACUGAAUUAAUUAAAAUGAUUUUACAUUCUGUGAAAAACGUAAUAAAACUUUUCUACAUGACGUAUUAGCCUCGCACAGAUUAGAAGUAACCAGAUUCUUUUAAAUUCUUUCCUUAUUUAUGAUCAUGCAUCCAGGUUUCAGCUUUAAGAUUAUUUAUCGCUGCAGUGCAAACUAAUGUUUAUUGAUCCAGUGACUAUGUGAAGGAAGUGGGUGCUGCCAUAAGUUUUUUCUACCCAUCAGUCAAGGUGCUUCAUUCAUUAUUCACGGAGGCUUUCCACAUUUCCAGCUCACAUAACUCUGUAAGUUGCUGAAACUCUCACUUGUACACAAAUGUUAGUCAGUAAAUUUUCUAACUUCCGUCACCUUGCCUGUAUUUCUCUACUUGUGGCUCAUUUUACAUUUCUACAUUACAGACGUACCUCCAGCACAGCAUGUGUACGCUGUAUUGCUGACAUGUAAGAGGCA